UGAUUUGGAUUUUAUCCAUUUUCUGCGUGCAUCUCGAUAUUCCUUAAAAUUUCUGAUUCUCGAUGAGUAAGCACUAAGAAGUAUCAAGUAAGCAGCAAUCUUUGUGAUACAUGUGACAUUUCUAUUUUAUGGUGAGUGAGUCAAUGCAGCAUUCUUUUGAUCCUGAUUCGGGCUGAAAAUUACUGUUGCGUUAACGGAUAACCGGCUCGGUUUGUUGUUGCAACUAGGAGUGUUCGUGACUUGGUCGUUUCUCUUCGCAGUCGCAAAUCAUCGGCAAAUCACUAAACUUUGCAGGAGACGAGGACUACUGACUAAUAACCCUGGGAUUUCUGUUAGCAGGGUUUUCUGAUGACUGCAUAACUCGUAGUUCCAUACUUCUAUUGUGAAGACAGAAGAGGCAAACACAUCGCCAACGGUGGCAGUGGCAGCCCCGAAGAGCAUUGUCAUACAAAAAUGUACGGUUGGAAUCCUGCUUCUCACUCGACUCCCUUGGAUCGACCGUUACGAACCGGUAGUAUCGGGAAUCUGCCGCGUGUUUCCGAUCUGUCAGCGAUCAGUGGAUCUCCGGAUCGUCGAACAUUCUCCCCCAUUAAAACGGAACCGGGCACUUCGCUACUGCUGCAGUCCAGCUCAAGUUCUCCGCUGCGCAGUUUCGGUAGUUCCCCUCACGGUAGUUCCUUAGCCGCUCAGGUUGGCGCCAACCAGCUCAAUCAAACCAUCUCGGGACACUAUGUCACGGCACGUUCUCCUGUAUCUUUACUGGCUCCACGUUCGGAUGACGAUAUGGAUCACGGGUUUCCCAUGCACAUGGAUAAUGACUCCUUGGAGUUCCCAUCGUUUUCCAACAAGGACCGCGUCGAUCUCCAGCAAGCCAGUCUCCAUUUGGAAGAAUGCAUCAAGAAAGAUUUGGCCAAGGCGGAUAUUGCCGAUCAACUGGUAGCCACCAAUGCAGGUCUCCCACAAGUACCCAGCGCCAGUGGUUCUCACCCAGAUGAUUAUGUCGCCAGCGAUGUUCCUCAUUUUCGAGUAUCCCAGGAAUUUCCCGUGCAUGAUGUGAUAACGGCCGAAAUCAACGCCAAUACGAGCGGCUUUUCAUCGUUGGGAACGUUUCCCGAAUUACAGAUGGCCUGGGUAGCAUUGGACACGAAAUUGUAUGUUUGGCCGUGGAAAGAUCCGGCGAAGACAACCUGCAUUGAGUAUCCGGAAUUUGUCACGGCUGUGGGAUUAUUGCCGACUUGGUCUCCUGAUUUAAUGUAUCUGGGAGCUCAAUACUGUAUCGUCGCGGCGACGCUAACGGAAAUUUUAUUCUCCAAAGUGACGUUGACUGGAGUGCAGCACGUCAUCGAGACCAGACGAUUUGUGUUGCGAGCUUCGACGAACGAUCAACGGCUGUGUAAAAUUCAGUGCACAAAACAAGGGCGAGUCUUUUUCGGCAAUGUGGAGGGCCAUGUGUCGGAAUUGCAGAACAUCAAGCAGACCAUGUUUACGAAAUGGCUGUGGUUUGGGCCGAGACUGGCCAAUUGUACGCUGGCUGUGUAUGAGCGCAUUGCCUGCGCCGUUCCCGGAUUCCAUCUCUUGUUUAGGAAAGAGCCUGUGGUUCAGAUGAUUCUGGACGAUACUCGUAAAAUUUUAUAUACGCUUCGAAAAGAUAAUAACGUGGACCUAUACGAUUUGGGAAUCGAUGGCACAUCGGGAGUUCGUCACAUUCAUCUCAGUUUCCAGAAUAUUGUUAAUCAAGCCUUGCCUCUGUUGAGAAAUGUGGAUCGGUUGCAGAUAAAACAAAUAAUUUCCAUUCACCCCGUGGACACAUGGGAAAGUGCUCGCUACGCCUUCUUUCUUCUGACUUCCGCUGGUUUGCGAUUGUACUUUGCCGUCAGUGCCAGUGGUCUGGGCGAUCGGCCACGAGAAUUUCUUUUGGGUCACAUCCGAUUUCCACCGGGACACAACCCAUCGACUCCUGUUUCGCAAAUCACCACGCAUUUGAAUCUGAGUAAUUCGUACAGCCUGGACGGUACAGUUCUCAUGAUCGCUCCCGAUGAUCGAGAAGAUCAGGACAAUAUCAUCUCAUGCAGUAAUGAUCUGCAUAUUUAUGAGGAGAAAUAUCGAGAGAGUGUUAGCGUAAUGGAAGUACCUUAUCAUAUUGAACACUUAUCGGAAUUACCGCAGCAUGCCGAUGAUUCACUGAUAUUACGGUUACGAUCUCUUGCGCUAAACCAACUGACUUCUAGUAGAAAGCACAUUAUUGCCCUCACGGCGAAGAAGUGCUACAUUCUGGAGAAGUCUUACCCCGUGGAUAUCAUGGAAAAGAUGCUCCGAACCCACAGCCCCAUGUCAGCCCCGAUGAGAGAAUUCAUCGAAUCCAUGCCGCCAUUUCAUAGUUGUUUCCUAGCUCUGCACCUCGCUUGUACGACCAACUCAACGGAAGUGCAGCGUUUGGCCACAAAAAUUCUUCGGGUUUAUGGUGGUGAGCCAGUAUUUGAGAAUCAGCUGCCAUUGAACGGUAGAAUGGUGCAACAACCUUCUCAAACUGCAACGAGUCCGAUUAUUUUUUCUGCCAAACAUGACGCCUUUUUCUAUCUCGUGGGUCGCAUCUUGGGACCCUUAUGGGGAAUUAAUCCAUUUGUGUUCGGAGCCGAGUACAAAGGCUCCGUUGCAUGGAUUACAGGCAUUCCAGCUUCUGACAUUCCAUUGUUCAUCGAACAGUUGUCGCUGGUUAAACGUUACCUCGAAACCAACUGGAAUGAAUUAUUCUACCCAGGUCGUGCUUCCACUCGUCACGGAAUGCCAUCCGAAGAUGCCAUUACUGCCAUAAACGCAACCAAGGUCGAGAUGACGUCCAUCAAGUCAUUAGCCGCAAUUCUAGAAAGGACCAUACAGAUACUGAAGCUCUGGGAAUUUCUUUUACAAGAAGGGUUAUCGCAGAUUCUGGAUUAUGUGAGCCGAGCGUUUUCAAAGGAAACACUGAUGCAGGUCACGUUCCCUGACCUUUUGAAUUCACCCACCGGAAGCAGCAUCCUCCAGGGAAUUAUCAAAGCCAUUCACCAACGCUACAUCGACGAAGGUACGGACACCGAAAGCAUACUGCGAAUAAGCUCAACAAUUCAAGAAUUAUGUCCCAAAUUAUUUGAUGCCGACGACGCGGUGACCAUGAAAGUGCUGACUCUGAUCAACCAGGCUAAGGCCAGCGGUGACAACACGGAAGCGUUGAGUAUUUUGGACAGUGCCCUGAAUUCCAUUCGCGGUAGUGCGACAAUUAUGGGACUGCAAGAAAUUCUGGAUCGGUUGAGGGAGUGCGAAUUCUACGAAGCCAUGGUCGAAUUGUGCUGUCUGGCAGCUCUGCAGUCUGAUCCCCAGAACUACGCCAUUCGGUUUAUUGUAAAUAAUGAGUCGCAGUCCGAUACACUGGGGAAAAUCGCUAUGGAACGUCGACAAAAGUAUUAUUUUAUUAUUGCCAAAGUGUUGUCUGAUUUGGAUGUUCUGGCGUCCGGCUCGUCGGGGUCCAGUUCGGGUACUCAGCAGCGCAAGCCGGCGGAGAUGCGCAGGAAACUGGAAUACAUUCUUGACUGGAUUUACACGCAAUCCAAUGAUGUACUGUUGCAUUUCUCGGUGUUUGAGUGGUGCUUCAGUAUGCAGUUAGAUCAGUACGCCAUGGCUAGUGGUUCGCCGUACUUGAAGGAUUAUCUCUUCCGAAAACUGGCAUCCUUCCCGCCAGCUGAUGUGGAGGGUAUAGUGCGAUUCUUAAAACUAGUAGCCGAUUGUUGCGAGAGAUCCGGUGAUAAAUGGACGGCUGCGAAGGCGUUGUUCCAGCUGGCUGUUCAUGAAACUGCACGCAUUCCAAUAACUGAACGUGUUGAUUACUUGUUGAAAAUUGAUUUUCUCUGCCAGCCGAUGGAAAUUCAGAAUUCCUUACCAGAUUUAUCGGAAUUUCUCAUCACUGUUCGAACGCAUCGCACGUUGGCGAGCGUUCAGAAGGACAUCUAUCUCCACGUGGAUGGAAAGGACUUUGAUGUUGCCGUCACGCCGGACGCGAUGAAUCGGGUGAUGUAUGAAUUAUUGGAUGUGAAUAAGUUAUUCCAAUUGGUAACCGAAAUCAACAUGCCACAAUGGACGCUGGUCAUUCUGGGUAUUUGUGGUGAACCUCCUAACUCCAGAUUGAUUGUUCAUACGUGGGGCAAAUUUUUCCAAAAUGCUAUCGAGUUCGGCGAACGACGGCAAAUAUCUCGCGAUGCAUUGAUUGCUCUUAUCACAGAGGAAAUAAUUAGAGUCAGAUCUCAUUUGUCGAACUCAGAUCAGUAUUGUACUUUGGAGAGUGUGCUGGAAGGCUUCGAGAAAAAAUAUGCUUCAACGAGAAGAUCUCUUGAGGAUCCGGUUUUCGUAUUUGACUGCAUUCAUCAAGGUCUCGGUCAGAGCAUUAUGGAUAUUAUUGACGUCUACCACAAGCUGUUUGGGAGAUACACAGCCGAUAUCGUUAUGUCGCCGCAUUUGCUUCGGGUGCAUAUUUUCAUUGUGAAUAACGUGAUGGGAAACACACUCAGUAGAUCUCUUCCAAAAGAUAAAAGGAAGGUGAUUCUGGGACAUUAUUCACGAUGUUUGGAUAGUUAUCUGAAAGUCGCGAUGCGCCUGCAACUGGCGGAUGAGAAUAUCCUCAUAGAACUUCAGCAGACUUGCAAGGCUGUAAGCGAUUGGAUGAAUUGAGAUUUUCUAAUUCAGCUUUUGUGAAAUUUACUGGUAGUUUUUUACAUUUUUGUACCGUUUUACCUGUUCUUGAAUCCUGACACUGGGAAAAACGGAUUUUUUGACAUGCUGUUUUGCAGCUUGCAUUUGGAAAAACAUAAAGCCAUGGUUCAGAUGUUAUGAGUUAUUGAUCUUUAUUCUUUAUCGAUGAAAGGUCGUAAACAGAAGCCGCUUCUCGACUUCGUGUUCCGUUGAAAAAUUGUACAAUAUUAAAAUCGAUCAUAAAUGAUAAAAGGUUAAA